CAUGGUGUUAGCGAAGAAAGGGGCGAGCAAGCUAUGGUUCUCCCUUUCUGCGUAAACCAAGAUGUCCCUCGUCGUUCCCGAGAAGAACCACUUCCAACACAUUCUUCGUCUUCUCAACACCAACGUUGACGGUCGUGUCAAGAUUCAAAUUGCCUUGACUUCCAUCAAGGGUGUUGGUCGUCGUUUCGCCAACAUUGCCUGUAAGAAGGCCGAUGUUGAUCUUACCAAGAGAGCUGGUGAACUUUCUAGUGAAGAAUUGGAACGUAUCGUCACUGUUCUCCAAAACCCCACUCAAUACAAGAUCCCCACUUGGUUCUUGAAUAGACAAAAGGAUAUUGUUGACGGCAAGUCCACUCAAGUCAUCUCUAACGUUCUUGACACCAAGUACCGUGAAGAUCUUGAACGCUUAAAGAAGAUUCGUGCUCACCGUGGUCUUCGUCACUUCUGGGGUGUUCGUGUUCGUGGUCAACACACCAAGACUACUGGUCGUCGUGGACGUACUGUCGGUGUCUCCAAGAAGAAAUAAUGAGGUGAAUUAGUUGUAAUAAAACAAAAUAUGACUCUAUACACUAUACAGAACUUAUUUGCACACUGAUAAAAAAAAUAUUUAUUUCAAACGACAAAGAAUAAAUAGGACAACAAAUAAUGACAAAAGAGAGUCCAUCAGAAACAAAAGAAUAGGAUAUAAAAGAAAUGAUUAGUACAUCAGUUAUUAAGGAUAUUAAAUACUUACAUUAUAAAGAAGAGAGUUUAUAAGAGAAAAAAAGAGAAGCAAGAGAGCGGCCAAAAGAGCAGAAGGAGUUCGAUGAGCGUGUGGGACCAAAGCUUGGUAAGAACCAAACUAUCUUCAUCUAGCACCGGUACUAUUUUCGAUUUUAUGAU